GAAAAAAAUUAUAGGAGGGUGGAGGGAGGAGGUUGUGUAUGAUGGAGAAAAGCUGUCUUUCCUCUGGUGAUUCAAAUACUGUUACUAGUAGUAGUAACAGUAGUAGCACUAAUAACAGAGAUCAAUACCUCAAACACCUAAACAAAAUCUCUCAGAAGAUCUCCAAACCCUCUCAUCAGAACAACUCGAGAAAGUCAAACUUUGAUCAUCAUCCUCCUCAUCAUCAGCCAUCAGGACCACCGGAGCUAGAUCAAACGACGGCGCCGCCGCAGCAGCAUCAGCCGCCGGUAUACAAUAUCAACAAGAGUGACUUCCGCGACGUAGUUCAGAAGCUCACCGGCUCUCCUGCUCACGAGCGGUUCUCUACUCCGCCGCCGAUACAGCCGCCAAAACCACCGAGCUCUCGCCUCCAGCGGAUCCGCCCUCCUCCCCUCGCGCAGAUUAGUAACCGCCCUCCUCCCCCACUAAACUGCGCUGCCCCACCACCUCAACCACCGCCAAACCCUAACAAUCCCACCUCCACCGCCGCCAGUGGCUGCUUCACCACCGGUCAACGGCAAGUACAGCCUCUGUCACCGCUACCGCCGUUCCCUGCGGUGCACGCGGCGGCGGAAUCGCCGAUCUCCGCCUACAUGAGGUUUCUUCAGAGUUCAAUCUCCUCUGUCGAUUCCGAUCCCAAGAGAUUCUCCGGAUUCUCACCUUUAGCUCCGCUGGUUUCACCUAGAUGGAACAAUCUCGAACAAGCUCAACCGCGACAGCAUCACCCGCAACCGUUGCCGCCGCAGCUGCAGAACAUUCCUCCACCGAUCACAUCUGCUUCUAUGGCUUUCCCACAGAUUCCGAUGCCACCGCCGUCAUCUCCGCUGCCUUUUGGUUGCUUGCCGUCGCCACGGUCGCCGUACCCUUUGCUUUCCCCAAGCUUUCUAUUUUCACCGACGGGCCAAUUUGGGUUUCAGCAACUACCUCUGUCACCAACACUGCCGGUGCCGAGCCCUAGUUGGAAACGCCUCUGAGAUUCUUCGUCUUCAAUCAAUACUCCCCUGGUACAAAGUGGUUAUUGGUGCUGUAGUAAAUUUUCUCUCCCCAAUUGUUGUUGUGUAAUGAAAUAGUAGCAGCUAAUCAUGCUUUGGUGCCAAUGCUACUCAUUGCAAGUUUAUUCAGUUUUUUUAGCUACAUUAAAGGUCAUCACCCAAUUCAAUUCUCUUUAACUGAGUGUGUUGGGAGUAGUACUAUGUGUACUCUUAUGAUUUGCACACAUCUUGCAUUUUGAUUACUGGUUGUAGUUUUGGGUAUAGGUAUUUGUUAUAAAUAUCUUCUAUUGUGAUGAGAGAAAUCUGAACCCUCAGUUAAAAGGUUAAGAAAAAAAAUUUGUUGUG